CGCAUUGGCUGCCUGGCAGCGAGGAGCGCGGCGACGCAGAGCGCUGACAGGCAGGGCUGGGUUUGGUGGAGCCGGCCUGGGGUGUGUGGUGAGGCCGGGUCUCCCGGCGCCCUGGGUCCAGGAAGAUGGUGCUGCGUGGCUGCCCGGUGAGCUACCUGCUUCUGUGCGGCCAGGCUGCUUUGCUGCUAGGGAAUCUCCUGCUGCUGCAUUGUGUCUCUCGGAGCCACUCGCACAAUGCUACCGCCGAGUCGGAGCUCAUGUCCGCUGCGGGCGCCGGGCGCCCGGAGAGCCCCGCCGCUGCUCCGAGCUGGGAAUAUGGCGACCCCCAGUCUCCAGUCAUCCUGUGCUCCUACCUGCGACGAAACACCUUGUGUGCCGGCGGAGGAGCCUUGGGGGUCCCGAGGGAGGCCCCCUCGGGAGGCAAGGCUUCUGGAAGAGGGGUGCGAGGGUGCACCUUCCGCCGGACCCGAGUAGGGCACAGACCCGAUGAAUUUAUAGAAUGUGAAGACCCAGUGGACCAUAUUGGAAAUGCAACUGCGUCCCAGGAGCUUGGUUACGGUUGUCUCAAGUUUGGUGGUCAGGCCUACAGUGAUGUGGAACACACCGCGGUCCAGUGCCGAGCCCUCGAUGGAAUUGAGUGUGCUAGUCCUAGAACCUUCCUACGAGAGAAUAAACCAUGUAUAAAGUACACCGGACACUACUUCAUAACCACCCUGCUGUACUCCUUCUUCCUGGGCUGUUUUGGAGUGGAUCGUUUCUGUCUGGGACACACCGGCACAGCAGUAGGGAAGCUGUUGACGCUCGGAGGACUUGGGAUUUGGUGGUUUGUCGACCUUAUUUUGCUUAUCACUGGAGGACUGAUGCCAAGUGAUGGCAGCAACUGGUGCACUAUUUACUAAGAAGAGCUGCUGGUACAGCCCAGAGGCAGGGGAAUGCUGGCACCUGAAUUCAUCUCUGCAGGCUCAGAACUCUGUUUUGACAGCAGACCUGAACAUUACUCUCCCUUUGGUGGAGGAAUAGGUUUGGUGAAGAAGGCUUCUUUGACUUUGGAUUUUCAACCCAAAUUUCACCUUGUGCAAGCCCAGAAGUAACAUACAAACAGUGUUAUGGAAGUCAAAUGUGUACUUUUCCUCAUGUUCGAAAUAGAAAGCCUAAUGACCAACUUAUAAGCGACAAAAGGGUUUCCCUCCUCUUUGUCUCUAUAGAUGGCUUUAUCUUCAGUCCUUUGGAGCAAGAGGACCCUACAGGAUGAGCAAAAUGAAUGGUUUUUUCCACGUGCCUUUUGUGACCCUGAGAUUUCAAGUGUAGCCAAUGAAAAUCUUCAGCAGAAGAAGAAACGGCUGUGGAUUUUAAUACACACUGAAAUUCUGAAUUUAAGUUGCAGAAUAAAUUUCGCCAACCUGGGAGUUUAUGUGAAUAUUGUAGUAGAGAGAGUGAAACUCAAAAAAAAAAAUACAUUUGUUUUGCUGGUACCUAGGCAUAUGAAACAAGCCAUAACCCCAUUCUCACCAUUGUGUUCCAGAGGCAGUCCAUGCAUACAGAAGUUUCCUCCUUCCAGCCACGUUUUCAAAGCCAACAGUGUCAUGCAUAUGUGAGAUGAACUAUUCCUCCUAGCAAAGUUGUCCCAUCUAAAAAUUAUUUACCAGCUUAUGGCACCUGUCUUGUAAGCUGUUAACAUCAUACAAAUAACUGUAACACCAUUCUCCACAGCUGGGUAAGAUAAAGUGAGACGCAUCAUGCCCUGGCAAAGGUAAACUCACUUCUCCUUAAAAGACAGGAAUACCAGGGUAGAAUUAGGAUGUGAUUUAUGGGGGCAAAGAGAAACUGAACAUGUUCUGUCAGAAUAAGCAUGAUGUUAAGAGUUGUCACAGUAAACUACAGCAAUCAAAGAGAUACAGUCAAGCUGUUGCACUCCCAAAUCACUAGGAAUAAAAGGAAAUGUUCCAAAUUAUACUUGGUUUUCAAAAACUUGCUGCCCAUGCUUUGCAAUCUAAGUUGAAAAGGACUGUUAAAAUACGAGAUGGAAUUUGCGGCCAAGGCCCAGAAAGAGCCUGCUAUUUGGAAUAACUUCCAAGUUCUAGAAACAACCAAGGUAUAACUACCCAAAACUUACUGUCAUCAUAAUUGGUUUCAAGACCGAGAAUCACAGUUGAAGUACUUUCCCUGGAUGUGUUCUAUCAUUUUGUAAGCAGCUUUCCUAAAAGUUUCUGCUUUAUCAUCUACCAUCUAGGUGGCACUUGUGUUAAAAAAUUAAAUUAUUUUGUUCUGUCUUGAAAGUUCAGUCCUACAUGGGUCUUAAUCUUAUUUAAAACAGUAAUUACUGGUAGACUUGACUCAUAAUCUCUAUACCCUGAGGCAGUAUUUUGUUAAAGAUUUAUUUAUUCAUUUGAGAAGCAGAGUGAGAGAGAGAGAGAGACAAAUCUUCCAUCAUCCACUGGUUCACUCCUCAAAUGGCUGCAACAACCCAGACUCAACCAGGCCACAGAAGGAAGCCAGGAAUACCACCCAGGUCUCCCACAUGGGUGGCAGGGGCCCAAGCACGUUAAGCCAUCAUCCACUCUCUUCUCAGAUGCAUUAGCAGGAAGCUGGUUCAAACACUGAGCAGCUAGCACUGGAACUGGCACUCCUGUGUGGAAUGCCAGCAUCACAGUGGUGAUUUAUUUAUUUAUUUGAAAGUCGGAGUUACAGAGAGAGGAGAGGCAGAGAGAGGGAGAGAGAGGUCUUCCAUCUGAUGGUUCACUCCCCAAUUGGCCACUACAGCCGGAGGUGCGCUGAUCCGAAGCCAGGAGCUUCUUCCAGGUCUCCCAUGAAGGUACAGGGGCCCAAGGACUUGGGCCAUAGAAGUGGUGAUUUAACCACUAUACCACAAUGCCCUCCCCUAAGAUGGCACUUUUUCUUAUUGUGUGUCAUGAAGAGACUAGACCUCCCAAAAAAAAAAAAACAUUUUUAAGGGUAGUCUGAGAAACAACAGAAACUAAAAUUAAAAUCGCUCCCAAAAUAAAAUACUACUUUAAGUCAAAAGUCCUGCCUCAUCCCACAUGCAUCUUUAAAUCUCCCUAAGGGUAUUCAUAAAUGCCAUCAAAAGUUGUUUUAAGAGAAAUAAACUGGUAGCUCCAAGACUUUAAAUCAUUAAUGUUGUCAGGAAGAAAAGUUGGGGUUAAAAGCUCAAAGUCUGUAAAUUAUUCUAGAAGCUAUGAGAUAGGAGUCUUUCCCACGGUCAGAAAAGCUGUUGGAGACCAAAGUUGUUUCCACUGCUACAGUGACAAUUUGAGAAUCAUCAGUAAUACUCCUCUGUGAUAACCUAUAAUUGUCUAUUUCAAUUUGAUUUCUAAAUGAUGCCCAUUCUGUGCCAGCCACAAACCCCAGCCAACCUGAAGAACUGAUUGAGUCUGAGUAUUAUUUAAAACUGGGCAACCCAGAUUCAGGUGAAUGUUUUUUUUUAAAUAUUUGGUAGAUAGAUGUAUUUGUGUAUCCACGUGUUGCAUCUAGUUUGUGCCUAUAGAGAAAAUUAAAAACAUUGAAGUAUCCCUCUGUCAAGGUUAAAUUAGCAACUGUGCUUUUUUUUUUUUUUUAGUUAUUUCUUUUCUUUGAAUAAAAUUUUAUCAGCUCCCCAGACUUCCUGGCACCACAUCCUUCUUCCACUUGGCUUAAUAAGGCUUCUCAGCACCCGCACCCCCAGGCUAAUGAUCUCUGGACAUGUAUGUGGUGAAAGCAUCCAUUUUUCUUUAUACAAAAGAUUUUAAAAUCUUUUGCCAUCUUUGGCACAUCUUCAAUACAAACCAGAUAAUAUAACUUUGGUUUUGUGAGAUAAGCUCUCUUUAAAGCAAGAAACUUAAUUGAUUAUUUCAGGUGUGACCAUCAGCAACAAGGUUUCACGUCCUCGAUGAACAAUGACAGAAAGGGAAUCAUUGUCCUUAACAGCCUCGAUGACAUCAGUGGUGGUAGUAACAGGUUGCCCGUUUAUGCUGACAAUCACAUCGUGGUCUCUUAACCCAGAGCUGGGAGAGAAGGGAAAAUAAAUACAGAAAUAAAAAGACCAUGAAAAUAUAGGAAGAGCAUAUUUAUCCCCGUCUAAAAUCCAACAUCUCCUUUCUUAAGGUAUUUCUACUUUGUUGGCGCUGAACAUACACAAACCAGGAAACUAGAACUAGUGUUUUAAAUAUUCUGGGAGAACCCUGAAGGACAGCCACCCUCUUAACGUUUGUAAGAAUGACAUCCUAUCAGAAUCUCAUGUAAGAAGUGUACUCCUCCCACAUAUGCUGCAUUUGGCUCUGAACGGAGGUAUGGCUUUCACUGGCUGUUCAUCUCUGGCUCCUGUGAACCUCAAGCGCACCCCCAGACUCGCCAGCAGCAGCAGUGAAAAGCCCAAUUCCCCCCACAGCUUGUGGAACUGGAGUGCACACUGAGCGGCACUGCAGAAGUUCUGCUUCUGGUCAACCCUCCAAGUCUAAAACACUUAAAGCUCUGAUUCUAAGCUCCUUUGCCCCAUAGUUGGGGUUAUACUCAGUCUCCAUCAUCUUUGCUUCACAUAGAAAAUAUAUUCUAUAAACAAAAACCAGUUCAAAUACAAAACUGCAAUAAAUAUAUAGCUAUGCUGCUGCUUCAUCUACAGGCGAAAAUAGGCUGGAAGAAAACCAUUCACUUAAAUAGCUUCAGGAGACACCAGUUAAGAGAAAUGAGAAGUUCAAGGAAGAAUGAUAGUGUGAAGGAUUAUCAAGAUAAAUGGAGUUUAGGGGCCAGUGCUGUGGUGUAGUGGGCUAAGCCUCCACCUGAAGUGCCAGCAUCCCAUAUGGGCACCAGUUUGUGUCCUGGCUGCUCCUCUUCUGAUCCAGCUCUCUGCUAUGGCCUGGGAAAGCAGUAAUGGCCCAAGCGCUUGGGCCCCUGCACACCCAUGGGAGACCUGGAAGAAGCUUCUGGCUCCUGGCUUCAGACCCAGCUCCACUCAUUGCAGCCAUCUUGGGAGUGAACCAGUGGAUGGAAAACCUCUCCCUCUCCCUCUCUUAACUCUACCUCUCAAAUAGAUAAAUAAAAUCUUUAAUAUAUAUAUAUGGAGAUUGGGGACAGCAUUGUGGCAGGGCCACUUAAGCCACCAGCAUCCCAUUUCAGAGUGCCGGUUUGAGUCUACACUGCUCUGCUUCCCAUCCAGCUCUCUGCUAAUGCAUCUGGGAAAGCAGCAGAAGAUGGCCCAAGUCCUUGGGCCCUUGCACCCAUGUGGGAGAACUGGAAGAAGAAGCUUCUGGCUCCUGGCUUCGGAUUGGCCCAGCUCUGGCCAUUGCAACCAUCUGAGGACUUAAUUGAUGGAUGGAAGCUCUCUCUCUCUGCCUCUGCCUCUCUGUAACUCUGCCUUUCAAAUAAAUAAAUAAAUCUUUAAAAAAAGAAA